AUGCCUAGCAAAGGGAUGAGGAGCAUCUGCUUCAGCCCCAGAACGCCGUCGUUCGCCCUAGCGCCCACCACCGCCAGCACCGCCAGCUCCCCGGCUCGCUCCUCCCCCGCCAGAAGCACGAUUUCCAACCCCAAUUCCACCCCGGGCCGCCGCAGCAGCUUCUCCGACUACCGCACCCAACAGAUCAUCGAAACCGCCUCCGCAAUCGUCACCAAAUGGGACCCCGAAACCUCCCCCUACGCAAAAGUCACCUCCCUCUUCUACGAGAGCAAGCCCGAAGCCCUCCAGUUCCUGAAAUGCCUCACCGACCUCCAGACCGCAAUGCGCCUCCUCUCCGCCCAGGAUUCAAAAGAUCCCCGCCUCGUCCGCGCCCAGCACCUGAUGCAGAUCGGGAUGAAGCGCCUCCAGAAGGAAUUCUACCAGAUCCUCUCCACGAACCGCGCCUAUUUGGAUCCCGAAUCCAUCUCCACCCGCUCCUCCGCCAGAUCCAGCCUCUCCGACUUCGACGGCGUCGACGACGACGAUAACGCCGCCGGAGCCGACGCAAUCGCCGAGGUGGAGCAGGUCUCCUCGCUCGCGAUGGACGAUUUGAGAUCCAUCGCCGAGUGCAUGAUCUCCGCGGGCUACGCCAAGGAGUGCGUCGGGAUUUACAGAGUGAUUCGAAAAUCGAUCGUCGACGAAGGGAUCUACCGGCUCGGAGUGGAGCGGGUGGGGUCGCUGAGCAGGAUGAGCUGGGAAUCGGUCGAGUUGCGGGUCAAGGCCUGGCUGGAGGCGGUGAAGGUCGCGGUACGGACGCUGUUCAACGGGGAGCGGAUCCUGUGCGACCACGUCUUCGCUGCGUUCGAUUCCGUCAGGGAGUCCUGCUUCGCGGAGAUCUCGAGAGACGGUGCUGCCCUCCUCUUCGGGUUCCCCGAGCUUCUUCUCGCGAAAAUCAAGAAAAAGGACGGUACGGCGCCGGAUCGGAUCUUCCGGAUUCUGGACAUGUACGCGGCCAUAUCCGAGAACUGGACCGAGAUCGAGUCGAUUUUUGAAUCCGAUUCAACCUCAGCCGUCCGAUCCCAAGCGCUCAACUCGCUCGCCCGACUCGGCGAGUCGGCGAGAUCAAUGCUGGCCGAGUUCGAAUCGACGAUCCAUAAGGACAAGCACCAUUCCUCCAGAUCGCCGGUUCCGAUCGACGGCGGGAUCCACCCGCUGACGAAUUACGUCGCCGACUACCUCGCCCUCCUGGCCGACGACUACAACUCCGUCCUCGCCGACAUUCUGCAGGACUGGCCUUCCCCGCCGCAGGCGGCGAAAUCGUCCUCGCCGGAGCACUCCUUCUUCGACAGUCCGCGAUCCGACGAUGAAUCUCAGGAGCCGGCGCUGUCCGUCCGGUUCUCGUGGCUGCUCCUCGUCCUCCUCAGCAAGCUCGACGGGAAGGCGAAAAGCUACAAGGACGCGUCGCUGUCGUAUCUCUUCCUCGCGAACAACCUAAGCUACGUCGUUUCGAGGGCGCGGGGCUCGAACCUCGGGUUCGUGAUCGGGGUGGAGGAGUGGGUCGGGAAGCACGAGGCUAAAGUGGGCCAGUUCGCAGCCAAUUACGAGCGGCUGGCGUGGGGCCCGGUUCUCGCGGCGCUUCCGGAGGAUCCGGCCGCGGCCGUUUCGGCUGAGGAGGCGAGGGAGGUGUUCAAGAGGUUCGGGUCGAGGUUCGAGGAGGCGUACAGGAAGCAGAGCUGCUGCAUCGUAGAGGAUCCGAAGCUCCGGGACGAGAUAAAGAAGUCGAUCGCGAGGAAGCUGGUGCCGAGAUAUCGCGGCUUCUACGAGAAGAACAGGGCGACGGUGGGCGCUCGGAGGAACGUGGGGAUAUUUGUCAAGUACACGCCGCAGGAUGUGGCCAGGUACCUGUCGGAGCUGUUUCUCGAGGUGAUUGUUGAGGAAGGGAGCUCGCCGUCCACGUCGUCGACUUCGUCGUCAUCUCACCGCCGGUAG